AUGACUGUGACUAAGAGGAACGAAUCUGCUUCCAGCUCUCCACCACCGCUUGAGCCGAGCGAAGACGGAGAGCAGCUGUUCAACAAGGACGGCAGUCGACGCAAGUCUCGCGUACUCCGUCGGAAGACGGACCACUCCAUCAUCGAGCGGCGUCGACGAGAAAAGAUCAACGAGAAGUUAGUAGCGUUGCAGAACAUCGUUCCAGCUUGCCGAAAGGAGUGCCAGGACCUCAUCGAGCGCAAGUUCGUCGCACCACUACGCGAAACCGAGGACGACGACGCAAGAGGCAGUUCUGCAAGCAAGAAGACCGCCAAGCGCAAGCGAGAAGAAGAAAAGCUCAAAAAGGCGAAGGACGAGAUGACGGAGAAAAUUCAGACAAGCAUGAUGCUCGAAAAGCUCUGCAUCAUCAGUCAUACACUGGACUUUGUGCUGAAGCUGCAGGAGGAAAACAGAGCGCUCAGAGCAUUGUGCAAAUGCCAGGCCGAGCGUCGAGCUUCCAUCACAAGCGAUGUCGAGCUGGAUGAGCAUUAUCACAAUGCUCACAGCAACGAUGUCCAGCAGGAGGCCGCAAGUCAGGCUCUCAGUAGGAUUGCUUUCCUCAUGGAGGACAUGAAGCGCCCUUCUCUAUCGUCGUCCUCGUCGGAAGAAGAGACACUGUUACAAGAAGAUCUACAGAGGCCAGCAAAGCGCCGGCUACAUUGGGGUAGCGACGACGUGCGUGAGGCUUCUAUUCGUAGUGAAAUCUGUCGUCUCCGAUGUCAUGCAACCCCCGAGGACCAUGUCCGCCGUCGCGAACGUUCCCUAUCGCUCAACGAAGCACAGACGAUACCUCGCAUUGGCAGCAAGGAGCAGAAGACUGUCUUGACCUUACAUGGCGGCCAGCUUUCAGUAACGGACUCUAGCACCUGUCAUUCAUUCUGUCGAACAAGACCCUCUUCCUGCCGAGAAGAGGAGCAGAGCUCGGAGACCUCUUCAGACGCUUUCGAGAGCCUGCCCUCACCCCCUCCAUACCCGCAGGGAUGGCAGCAAGCCAGUUUCAUCGGCCAGUAUGCACUUUCUGGUCGCCCUCGAUUGCCACCCAUAGCCAAUUUGGGAUUGCCUAAGCAAGGGUCACAAAUUGCAACUCUCAGACAUGACACGUUCGCAUCCCUGUACCGCAGAGACGUGCCUAGAGUAACUGAGACUGCAACAUCUCGGGCUUUCCGUCCUUUGUCCUUAUAUACUUCACAUACCUCGCCAACUGGUCUUUCGACCGUCAAGCCAUAG